AUGUCCGUCCCAGGCACGGAAGCACAGAAAUGGGGCAACUCAUGCGUUGUUGGGGAGCCCGGCAGGUACUGCGGGGGCGAGCAGGGGCGGGGCCGCCGAGCAGUUAUAGCCGGACCCGCGGGGCCCAACUCCCCGCCUGCAGCUCCCGCACUCCGGCUUCUCCACGCGGCGCGCGCAGACCCGACGGAGUCAGAGCCUGGUCCGCGCCUCCGGGCGGCCGUCGACGUGAGCACCCUGGCGCGGGGCACAGGGGUGCGGGGCCCGGGGCGGGGGGCCACCGCCAGCCGCCGGCUGCUCGCCCUACUGUGGCUGCUGCUGCUGCUGCCCCCGCCCACCGGCGCCUGGUACAAGCACGUGGCGAGCCCCCGCUACCACACGGUGGGCCGCGCGGCCGGCCUGCUCAUGGGGCUGCGCCACUCGCCCUACAUGUGGCGCCGCGCGGCCGGGCCCCUCGCCUGGGACACCUUGGGUCUGGGCGCGCUGCCCCAGGGGCCCUCUGCCAGAAACACCCUCUCUCUGGGGCCCGCCGCCCUCGAUGCUCUGCUGCUUCCCUCCGGAGCUCAGAGACCGUGGGAGGCGCGACGCAGAAGCCCUGGGGCCGGGCUCCCAGUCAGUGAGCCUCGCAACCUGGGCGCCCCGGAGUCCGCGCGCCAACCCGAGCGGCGGCCGGGCGCCUAA